UCAUUUCAUUCACUCAUUCUGUUUCAAUUACACGAUUGGGAGAAUUAUAGAUUUACUAAAUGCUCCGUGCAUUAAUAGAAUGUAGAAUAAUCAUGCGGCAGGAAUGGUACAAUCGUUUGACUUGUUUAUUGAGUCCUGCUGAAAAUACUCCAUCGUGUCGUAGGCUAGGUCUCUACUACGGUUACUCAUCUGAAGGGCGCCCCUUUCUCCAUUGACAGUAGUGCUCAUCACGAUGCCGUUGUAGCAUUACAUACAGCGGAAUCUUGCAUCCUGCCCAUCCUUUAAAAUGAAUAACAACAUCGGAGAAACGUAAAAUGUUGCAUUGAUUUGUGCUCUCAUAACAUCGUUUGUUAUCAGUCUGGUGGUAUAGGCCCAUUUGGUGCAAAAAUAAAUGCUGGGAAAAUGCCCUUCAUCCAAACACCCUCAACCUACGAGUGUUUGAACGGUAGCUGCAAAUAUCAUAAAUAUCCAUCAUCACACUGUCAAACUUUAUUAAAAUAAAUGACAGAUUAUUUUAUGCAGUCUACAAUGUAUAUCUCACUGACUACAAUGGCCGUAUUCAGGAGGCUAUCAGAAUGGAGGGUUUGUAGCCAUAGAAUAUUAUGCAUAAUCGACCUAACAUGUUACAUUGUAAUCCCAUAUUGUAGGUGCGGGGGCGGUGGGUUAUAAAGGCUACGAGCGCAAAGCACACUGGGAGGGAGAGUCGGUUUUGGCGUAAUUUCACUGUUAACCGACGCAUUCAUUGGGCGCUCAAGGAUAAUUUCUAAGGUGUUGAGUUUUAGUCUGAAUUAUAUUUAUUUCCAACUGGAGGAAAAUAUCAAAUUGUAAUGGCAGAAAACAAUUUCCCUCCCCUGCCAGGCUUCAUCCCUCUGAAGCCGUGUUUCUAUCAGGACUUCAAUGAGAUCCCAGAUGUACACCGCUCCAUCUGCAAGAAGCUCUACUACCUAUGGAUCUUCAACAGUGCCACCUUGGCGGUCAAUCUGAUUGGCUGCCUGGCAUGGAUGUGCGGCGGGGGCGGAGCCACUAACUUUGGCAUGGCUAUCCUGUGGCUCAUCCUGUUCACCCCCUGCUCCUACGUGUGCUGGUUCAGACCCAUCUACAAGGCCUUCAAGACUGACAGCUCGUUCAACUUCAUGGCGUUCUUCUUCGUGUUCAUGGCCCAGGUGGUGAUCAGCAUCAUCCAGUGUAUAGGCAUUCCAGGCUGGGGCGUCUGUGGCUGGCUGGCUACCAUCACCUUCUUCAGCACCAAUAUAGGCUCCGCUGUAGUCAUGCUGAUCCCCACCAUCAUGUUCACUGCCAUGGCUGUCCUCUCCUUCACCGGGCUCACCAAGGUGCACAACAUGUACCGUGGCACUGGGGGCAGUAUGAGUAAAGCCCAGGAGGAGUGGACCACCGGGGCCUGGAAGAACCCUCACGUCCAGCAGGCAGCGCAGCAGGCCGCCGUGGGGGUGGCGCAGGGAGCCAUGCAGCAGCAACAGCCCCAGUACUCACAGGCACCCACCUACAAUUAUGACGACCCGGGCAUGUAGGACAGGGAGGAGGAGAGGGUGGGAGAGAAGGGGUGAGGAAUAGCCAGGGUGACAGUCUGUUUCUGAUCUCGCGUCAGUUGUUAUGAGAGCAGAAACCGAGCCGCCCAGGCUAGGUGAGGGACAGACUGGGGAGAUGAAAAGGGAUGAUCAUCAAAUGAGAACCACAAUUCACGAUUAC